CUUCAAAUGGAAAGCUUCAGCUUGCAUGAUCUGUCAGGAAAAUAAUUGGUCUGAAGUGAAAUAAAGAAGAAAAAAAUAGGAGACUGACAUAAUAAAAUCCAUUGACAAAAAUAGUAAAAAGCUGGGAAGAAAUUGAUGGAAGAAGGUGAAUAAAGUAUUUGUGGGCAUAAGUAUGGCUUUAUCUUUUCAGUGGAGACAUUUGCGUACUGGAAUGUUUUAACAGCAAGCACGUGGCACAAAGCUGAAGAAUACAAGUAGUGACACCUAGCGCCUCAAUCAGGGAAUUUGAAACUCCACUUCAGGAAAUUGUAAACUUCUAAUCAUAAGGUGAAGAGUCUCUGGAUAUGGUUCGUUUGAUGGAAGUUUGUGCUUGGCCAGUCAUGAAAGUGCUGGCCUUUGUAUCUUUGUUUCUUUUCAUAAUGACAGUUUCUACAAUGUAUAAGUAUCAGUUAAAAUAUGACCUAAUAUUCAAAUAUUUCCAAGCUUUUGAAAAUGCAACCACUACAUUGGAAUGUGGAACAGAGAAUGGCUCUGAAAAGGCGAUGAUUUCUUCAAAGGGAUUUUGGACAAUUAACUCCAUUGGACGACUUGGCAACCAGAUGGGGGAGUAUGCAACACUAUAUGCAUUGGCAAAAUUGAAUGGCCAUCAAGCGUAUAUUUUACCUUCCAUGGCCAAUUACCUGUCCCCUAUCUUCAAAAUUACUCUUCCAACCCUCCAUGGCAGUGUGGGAGAGAGAAUAAAAUGGAAGAAUUAUUAUCUCCAUGAUUGGAUGGAGGAUAGUUACCGUAGUAUUCAAGGAGAUUAUGUCCGGCUCUCAGGAUACACCUGUUCCUGGACCUUCUACCAUCAUAUCCGGUCAGAAAUUCUUCGUGAGUUUACUUUGCACGACUUUAUUGUAGAACAGACGGAUGUAUUCCUCAGACGCAUUAGAGGUGAGAGAAAGAAUGUGACUUAUGUUGGUGUUCAUGUUCGAAGGGGAGAUUAUAUUCAUGUCAUGCCAAAUGCUUGGAAAGGAGUUAUAGCUGAUAAGAAAUAUUUAGACACAGCAAUGGCCUACUUCAGAAAUAAAUACAAAAAUGUGGUUUUUGCAGUGACAAGCAAUGGAAUGGACUGGUGUAAGCAAAACAUUAAUAACUCCAAAGGAGAUGUUUACUUUUCAGAUGAUCCAAAGCAGGCCACUGUAGCUUUUGACUUUUCUAUUCUUGCACAUUGUAACCACACAAUAAUGACAAUCGGAACAUUUGGUUUCUGGGCUGGCUACUUGGCAGGUGGGGAGACAAUUUAUCUCACAAACUUUACUUUACCUGAAUCUCAGUUUCUAAAAGUGUUUAAAUAUGAGGCUGCUUUCUUACCUCAAUGGAUUGGAAUUCCUGCUGAUCUCUCACCUCUUCUGCACAAAGAUGCUUCAAAAUUGGUCCACUAGCUACAUAUCCUAUAUCUUUGAAGCUUGUUAGUUUCAUAUCUCUUGAGUUUAAUUCAAUUUCAUAUGGAAAGGAAAUAAACUAAAUAGCUCAAGCAAAUUGAUCUCCUGGAGAAUAAGUAAAGUUAAGUUCAGAAAUCAAUGUGUCCAAAAAUACACAUUGAAAUUUAUGGAAAAUGUUCUUGUCUUUGUUUUGUCCAAGCCACUGCAUAAUAUAUUUCAGUUAGUAACAGUUAUGGUGCAGGAAUUGGUUAAUGGGUAGCAUUAAAGCAGUUCAGAAUAUACAGGUCAAAUCUGACUAGACAGUACAGCAGUGGAAUUAACAAUCGAAAGAUCUGUAUAGGAUUGUCUCUUCAAGGAACAUGCUGUAACUUUGGUUCUGUGGUUUCCUUUAUUAUUUUCUACAAGGCUGCCAUGAUCUCACUAUCACUAACAACAAGAUAAUACAUCCAGAGUAACAGUCUAGGAACCUCCAUCCUUUAAUGUAGAAAGAAUGUUUCAGAUCUUGGCAUCUAUCAAUAUCAAGGCAAAAGACUGCAGGUGCUGCUAAUCUGAAACACAGAGAGAUAAUGUUGCAGAAUUUAUUUCCCUCAUUAUCCAAAUCCUACAGCCUCACACAACUUACUCCUUCAAAAAUUUAUGUCACCUUCAUCAAUUCAAUGGAAAACUGGCACAGUAGAUUGUUCGCCUGCUCUUUUUCAUUUUUUUUUGACUGAAGACAAGUCUGUCUCAUGCUGCUGCAAUCUCCACCACUCAGUAGGACUAAGCUUAUGUCCUGACUCCACCCCAAGCAGGAUUGGGAUCAAACUCUGUGUUAUUGGCACUGAUUUGAUCCUCACCAACUGAGAUAAACCAUUCCCCCUCCCCACCCCCAAACAAUAACAUGAUCAAGGAGUGAGUAUUGUUGUGGGAACACACACUUUUCAAGAUAUACUGUAGUCCAGAGUCAAGAAUCAUGACAUGGAGACUGCAAUUUUCCUUCCAUCAUAUGGCUGACCAGGAAUCUCUCCUGCUCUUAUUGCCUGCCACGGGGUAGUCUUGCAGAUUGGUACAAAACCUUUGAGGCUACAUUACAAUCACACUUCCUUUUGGCCAUUAAGUCCCUGUGUGGGACUUGACCUGAGCAAAUGGCUGAACAGAAUUUGCUCCCAAUUUUGUUAACUUUCUUUUUGAAGUAUUGGAAGGAGUUACAGGUUCAUCCUCAACUUGUCUGGCCACAUUAUGAAUAUACCAUCGUUAGCCUUCGAGUCCUUAGAUUGAAUUUUAAUCCAGAGCUUCUGGCUUCGAGGCAGGAAUACUAUGCCCUAUAAAGCAAAACAUCUAUUCAUAAACUGAUAUGCCCAUUGAAUGCUGGUCUUCAGAAUAGCAUUAGCCUUAAUAACUCAAAGCUAGAAUACAAGAGGUUUUUAGUCAUGCUACAGCUACGCAAAGCCUCAGUUGGACACUGUGUUUAUGACACAGGAUGGCACCAACUUUAUGUACAGUACAUUAGCUUUUGAGGGAGUGCACAGUAGAUUUGCUAGAACUCUAUCUGGACACACAAGGAUUGAAUUACAAGGCAAGACUAAACAAGCUAGGGUCGUAAGGCUUGAAUUUGGAAAUUAGAAGUUUCAAAGGAGAUUUGAUUGGAGGUUUCAAGAUAUUAUGGGGAACUGAUUAGCAAAGGAAAUUAUUUCUCCUCGUUUGGGAAUCCAGAACUGGGGCAUAGAGCCUAAAUAUUCAAAGCAGGUCCUUUCAGGAGUGAGGUUAGAAAAAACGUCUAUGUGAAAGGGUGGUAGAGGUUUGGAAGUGUCUUUUUCAAAUGGUAAUUCUGAUCUCAUUGAAUGGUGGAGCAGACUUGAGAGGCUAAAUUACCUAUUCCUAUUUUUAUGUUCUAAUAUGAAUCAAAAGGAAUAUGAAGUUUGGUCUGUUUCCAUGAGCAGAGGAUAUUCCUCUCACCCAAUAACUGAGAAACUGCUGCAAUGAAUCUCAUGAAUAUUUUCAAAGGGAAAUGCUGAUCAAGAACAUUGCUGUACUUUGACAAUGUUGGGAACAUUACUUAUAUAUUUGUAUAUCAUUGUGUGGAGAAACUGAGAUUAUUCUGUGAUUUGAUGUUACAAGCAAAAUGCAACAUAAAUGAAACACUUUGAGGAAAUAUAGCCUUUAAUUGUUUUGUCAAUUUGUUCUACAGUGUCACAUUAAAAUUGAUCAGUUGUACAGCUUUUUUUUAACAUGUUUAGAAAGUUCAAGCCUGAUUGGACAAGCAUUACAGUUUGUUCACAAAUAAUGAUGACAUUUCA